CUAUUGGCUUCGGGUAGAGGCGGGACUCUCAGUUGCUAGGUUGAUAUCCGUCCGGAAGUGGUUUUUUGGCCGCUGCAGGGCAACACCCCGGCGUCCCUGGAAGCGGGGAGCCGGGGUGGUGCUGGGGAAGCGGCGCACAGUCCUCGCCCUGACUGAGCCUGUCUUGGUGGGAGACCGGUGUUCAAGCCCAGGCCCAGCAUGGCUGGACGACCCAUCCGCAUAGGAGACCAGCUGGUUCUGGAGGAAGAUUAUGAUGAGACCUACAUUCCCAGUGAGCAAGAAAUUCUUGAAUUUGCUCGAGAAAUUGGUAUUGAUCCCAUCAAGGAACCAGAACUGAUGUGGUUGGCACGGGAGGGCAUUGUGGCCCCACUGCCUAUGGAGUGGAAACCAUGCCAGGACAUCACAGGUGAUAUUUACUAUUUCAACUUUGCCAAUGGGCAGUCUACGUGGGACCAUCCAUGCGAUGAACACUAUCGGAAGUUGGUGGUUCAAGAGCGGGCAAAACUGUCAGCUCCUGGGGCCGUUAAGAAGAAAGACAAGAAAAAGAAAAAGGAAAAGAAAGACAAGAAGGACAAAGAGGCCUCCAAAAGUCCCCUGGCUCUGGGUUCCUCAUUAGCCCCGAUCCAUGUUCCUCUCAAGGGCCUGGCUCCUUUACGAGGCCUCGUGGAUGCCCAACCCUCUGCUCUUCGUGGAUCUCAAAAUGUGAGUCCAGGGAGCUCUGCAGAGUCUGUUCAGCUCGGGGAAUUCCCGCUGCCUCCACAGGAUCUCAAGACUUCUGCUUAUUCAAAGGGUCUCUUGGGCUCCAUCCAUGAGGACAAGAAUGCUGUCAGCCUCUUGGCUUUAGGGGAAGAGACCAAUGAGGAUGAGGAGGAGAGUGACAACCAGAGUGUCCAAAGCUCCAAUGAGUUUUUUAAGAACCUGCAUCUGGAUCUCGGGUCCCUGGGGGGGAACUUUGAAUAUGAGGAGUCUCCAAGAACAAGCCAGCCAGUGGAGAAGGACAUUUCACUUGAUUCAGAUAUUGCCAGCCCCACUACUCCUGGAAAGCUCCUCAGACAAGGCACGGACAGUAGUCUGAGCAGUGCUGAUGGCAAGGGACCGCAGGACAGAAGAUCAAGUCCUUGGCUCCCAGGAAAAGAAGAGAAUGAGAAGAGUGAUCCUGCAGCUUUCACAUGUCGGGUGACCCCUGGGGUGGACCCUGGGGUUGGUCAGCUUGCCAAGGGCUCUAAAAAGGGCUCUAAAGAGGACCUGAUAGAUGUAAGAGAGGAAGAUUCCAUGACAGAAGAAGCAGCAAAAGAGCUAAAGAGGGAAGCUUCUACUGCAAAAGAGAGCAGAUCAGAUGCCAGUGAAGAUUUGGAGAUUAGUGAAUGUAAGAAGGAACCACAGCUCUCAGACUCCAUGGCUUCUGACCCCAAGUCCUUCCUUGGCCUGGACUUUGGUUUUCACAGCCGGGUCACAGAGGACCUGCUAGAUGGUGAUAUGCUUUCCCCAGUCCUGGAUGGAGUCCACUGGGAGGCUCAGGGGUUAGGAAGAGGAGACCAGGAUGGCAGCCAGUCCAGCCGAGCAGAGCUCCAGAGCAAGCAGUCCAAAGGCUCAGAGAGGUUGUCUCCUCCACUUCUACAUGGGGAGCGGCCCCAGAGUCCCCUUCAUAGUCAGGUCACUGAAGAAGGGCCUCCAAAGACCCCUGAGUGGAUGGAAGCAGGGGAGCCUGAGGAGGACUCCGUAACCAGCCCCAUCCUGCUGGUGUCCCUCCAGAGGGACCAGGCCCCAAGCCCAGCAGCUGCCCACAAGAGGGGCCAGUCCAAGGAUCUGGGCCCUGGGCAGGAAGAGACCGAGGAGCCCAAGGAGAGGGUGGCAGUCAGUGCCAUCCCACCAGUCUCUCCAGAGGUGCCAUCCACAGAACCUUCAGGUCCCACAAAACAGUUCGCAGAGCCUGCACUAAAGGUCAUGGAAGAGGCAGUGGCGCAGGAACUUGAAAAAGACCGGAAGCAGCUGCUGGAAUUGCAGCAAGAGAAGAUGCAGCAGCUGCGGGAAAAGCUGUGGCAAGAGGAGGAAGAGGAGAUGCUCCAGCUUCACCAGAGAAAGGAGAAGUCCCUUAGUUCCCUGAAGGAGCAGCUGGAGAAAGCCACUGAGGAGGAGGAAGCUCGGAUGAAAGAGGAGGAGGGUCAGAGGCUCUCCUGGCUCCGAGCCCAGGUCCAGUCUAGUGCAGAAGCAGAUGAGGAGCGAAUCAGAGCCGAGCAGGAGGUAUCCCUGCAGAGGCUAAGAGAAGAGUUUGAGGCCCUACAAAAGGCUGAGAGGGCCAGCUUGGAACAGAAAAGCAGGUGGACGCUUGAACAACUCAGGGAAGAGCUAGAGGCUUCGGAGGAGACAGCACGGGCUGCCUUGAAGACCGAGAAGGAAGAGGCUUUGUGGCAACUGAGGGAGCAGCUGGAAGGGGAGAGGAAAGAAGCAGUGGCAGCGCUGGAGAAGGAGCACAGUGCUGAGCUGGAGAGGCUCUGUUCCUCACUGAAGGCCAAGCACAGGGAGGUGGUCUCCAGCCUCCAGAAGAAGAUAGAGGAAGCUGAGCAGAAAGAGGCAGCCCAGCUUCAAGAAAACCUUGUGUGGGCAGAGCAGAGAGCACACCAGAAGGCUCACCAGGUGAUUGAGUAUGAGCAGGAGCUCAGCAGCCUCCUGCGAGAGAAGCGCCAGGAGGUGGAAAGGGAGCAUGAGAGAAAGCUGGACAAGAUGAAGGAAGAGCACUGGCAAGCCAUGACUGAGGCCCGAGAGCGGUAUGAAGCCGAGGAGAGGAAGCAGCGGGCUGACCUUCUGGGGCACCUGACUGCAGAGCUGGAGCGGCUUCAGAGAGCCCAUGAGCGAGAACUGGAGAUUGUGAGGCAGGAGCAGGAGCAGCAGCUCCAGCACCUGCAGCACCGGCACCGGGACCAGGAAAGGAAACUCCAAGACUUAGAGGUGGAACUUGAAACCAGAACUAAAGAUAUCAAGGCCAGAAUGGCUCAGCUAGAUAUCCAGGAGGAGACUGUGUGGAAGGAGAAGCAGCAGCUGCUUGAUGUACAGAGGCAGGUUGCUCUGGAGAGUGAGGAAGCUACAGCCACCCAUCAGCACCUGGAAGAGGCAAAGAAGGAGCACACCCACAUGGUGGAGUCGAAGUGGCAGCUCCGAAGGACUCUGGAUGAGCUCCAGGCCCGCAAGGUGGAGCUGGAGUCCGAAGUGGAUCUGCUGCAGGCGCAGAGUCAGAGGCUGCAGAGACGCAUCAGCAGCCUGGAGGCUGAAGCUCAGAGGAAACAGAACAUUUUAAAAGAGCUGGCGGUUCAGGAAAACAAUUCGUCCACACAUUUUGAGCCGGAUAUCCACAUUGAGGACCUGAAGAAAUCAUUUGGGACAACCCAAACCCAAGAGAUAGCCUCCCGUUUCUCCCAGAGCAAGGAGGAGACCAUCUUGUCCGCAGACAGCAUGCAGCACUACCUCUCUGUCGAAGGGAUGGCUGUCCGUAGUGCCAAGGAGUUCCUGGUGCGGCAGACACGCUCCAUGAGGAAGCGGCAGACAGCUCUGAAAGUUGCCCAGCAGCACUGGCGCCAUGAGCUGGCCAGUGCCCAGGAGGAAGCUGAUGACCCACUGGGCAGCACGGUCCUAGAAGAUGUGCGAAAGAACCUGGAGGAGGAAACCAGGCACUUGGAUGAGAUGAAGUCAGCCAUGCAGAAAGGCCACGACCUGCUGAAGAAGAAAGAGGAGAGGCUGAACCAGCUGGAGUCCUCUCUUCAGGAAGAGGCCUCAGAUGAGGACACUCUGAGAGGGGGCCCUGCCAAGAAGGUGGUGACCUUUGACCUCAGUGACACAGAAGACCUAAGCAGUGAAAGUUCCAUAUCCCACCCCUUGCCUUAUGUCAGUCCAACCCCAAGUCCCGGCUUCCCCAACAAGAUCCAUUACCUGAGCAGCUCCCUGCAGCGGAUCAGCAGCGAGCUGAAUGGUGUCCUCAGCGUGCUGGGCAGCCUCAGCACUCAGCCACCGCUGCCGCUCUUUACCUCCUCGCCAUCCUCUAAGAGCUCCUCCAUCCCUGUCUACUCCUCCCUGAACAAGGUCUCAGCCUCAUCCCCUGUGGCGUCCAUGUCUACCCAGUGGGCCUGGGACCCGGGGCUGGGCCCCAGGCUCUCCUCUGCUGUGGCUCAAACAGUGGAUGACUUCCUGCUAGAGAAGUGGCGCAAGUAUUUUCCCUCUGGCAUCCCCUUACUCAGCAGCUGCCCUGCCCCCGUGGAGAACAGGCUGGGCUAUACGUCUGCCAGUGAGCAGCUCCGCCUCCUGCAGCGGCCUCAUUCCCGAGUCCUGGAGGUGGGCAGCACCAGCAUCCAGGGCAUGAUGGAGGUCAACCGCAAGUGGCUAGACCGUUUCAAGAAUGACCCCAAAGUACCUCUCUUCUCUUCGGUGCCCAAGGCAACAGCCACUUCAAACCUGCUGCAGCUGGGCCUGGAUGAGAACAACAGACUGAAUGUGUAUCGCUUUUGAGCCCCAAGAUGGGCUUGGCAACUAGCUCCUCCCCAGACCAAGUGCCUGAGCAGCUGCCUGCACUUUAUUCCGACAGAGCACGUUCCUGUCCUCUGCUGCGCCCCACUCAGGACUUAGAGGAACCAUGAGGGUCUGGAGAUGGGUGGAAAGGCUGCGAUGAUGGAAAGAGUCAGCCACACUCUCUGUGACCGAGAACCUGAUGUCGGACUGCAGUGUAUGGACUUACAUGAGCUCAUUCAUGGACUUGGCAGCACUGAGGAGAUGUGGCCAUUGAGGAGCCUCAGGGAUAUGGGCACCUUUGGGAGGAAGGGUGGCAUUCAUAGAGUUGCCUUGUAGGCCAAAGGAAUCCCUCUGGAGUGGGAUUGGUCCUGGGGACCAUCAGGGCCCUGCUGGGCUUCACUCCCCAGGACAAAGCCUCCCAGUAUGUUUGUGCCCUGGGACCCGGCUCUUCUGGGCCAGCAUCUAUCUCUGAGACCUCAGCCUUACUGAGAUCACAUCCUUUCUUUUUUCUUCUUGAAUGUCUCCUCUCGGGGGUGUUCCACCUUUCCUUUUGAUUGUCUCAGGACUGGGCUCAGCUGUGCAGAGCCCGGCUGGAAGUUGGAGGCUGGCCCCAAGACAUUUGGCUUCUUCCCCUCUGCCAGCACUGUGCUUUCCUCAGGGCUGUUGGGAGCACCCUCCCCACCCUAACCCUCCCCUCCCCAGGGCUCCUCUCAGCUAGUAUCUCAGGUCUCUCGCCCACUUUUCCAGGAAGCCAGAAGCCACAGGAAAGGAUGGAUGGCUUCUGGCUCUCAUCACAGUUUUUCUCUUCCCGGAACACCUUGGGCGCAGUCAUGGGCCUGUUUCCAUCUACCUUUUCCACUUGCACCACCCCUGUCUGAUCCCAGAGCUUGGAAUGAGGGCUGGGGUAAUGCCUGGCAUUGGCAGGGAGUGGUGUUGUACUAGGUGGAGCUGCCACUCUGCUGGCACAGCUUCCUGAAGACCCACUGUCCUUAUGGGGCUGCAGGGAAUGUUCUCAGACAUGUUCUGUCUGUUGUUUCAACAAAAUGCCCCAUUUAAAAAAUCUUGAUAAUUAUGGGGUUGCCCCUGCUACCCCAACCCUUAGAAACCAACUCUCACCGUCCCACCACUCAUUUGUUUGCCAUAGAAAAAGACCUGAAGAUCUAGUGGCUUUUUUACUCUCUCUGAUAUUUUCUAGGCAGCACACAGAAAAAGUCUUUUGUUGUUUGGCUCAGUCUGUGUGCUUUGGGAAUAGCUCAUGUGAUACGACCAACUCUGGUGACAGUCCUGUUUUCUGCACCAAUUAAAUCUUUGCAGAUCCAUUUUCUACAAGGCA